AUGGUGGGGUUCACUGAUAGUGAUUAUGCAGGUGAUAUGAAUGAUAGGAAGAGUACAAGUGGUUAUGUGUUUUUCUUGGCUGGAGGUGCUGUUUCCUGGGCUUCCAAGAAGCAGCCAGUGGUCACUUUGUCAACCACAGAGGCCGAGUUUGUUGUUGUUGCAGGUUGUGCUGCUCAAUGUGUAUGGCUAAGAAGGAUGCUUGAACAGAUGGGGUGGACUUCGAAUGGGCAGGUAGCAACCAAGAUAUUUUGUGAUAACUCAGCCAUCAAGCUAUCAAAAAAUCCAGUGUUGCAUGGAAGGAGCAAGCACAUAGAUGUGAGGUUCCAUUUUCCGAGGGAUUUGGUGAAGAAUGAAACUGUUGAAUUGGUUUGUUGUGGUACUAGAGAACAGGUUGCAGACAUCAUGACAAAGAUUGUGAAAGGAGAGGUUUUUUAUUAUCUGAGAAACUAG